CUUAUAGUUGACAAUUUAUUUAAAAUGCAAUUGAAAGAACGGCGUUUGGUUGUUGUUGCACUGAUCACAGGUCGUAACUUUCCUAAUCGACCUACAUAUCAUUUAGUAUGUGAAGCUAAAUUCAAUAAUGAAGUUCUAUCAACCGAUCCAAUUGAACAUAAUGAAGAGCCACAAUUUGAGCAAGAACUUGCUUGGGAUUUAGAUAAAUCAAGUUUAAAACAACAUCGUUUACAACGAAGUGCAUUAAAAGUCACCGUAUCUGCUGUUGACAGUCAAUCACCGGUUAAAGAACCAAUUGGAUUUUUCAUGUUAGAUUUACGUUCGUGUUCUACGGAUAAAGUGAAUUAUUUUUUUUUUAAAAAAAUUUUUUUUAUUGCAUUUUAAAAGGUCUACAAAUGGUAUCGACUUUUGCAUAGUAAAUAUAAAAACAGUCCAGCUGUAUUUGCUUCAGUUUAUUUAGAUAGUGAAGCACAAGAACUUGUUCCUGAUCCAAAAGUGAAAACAGGU